GGAGUUGUCCAGCGGGGUGCACAGUGUCGCGUUGUUAAAAAUUGGUUUUGAAAAUCGAAAUAUUUUAUAAUUAGUUCAAUUUCAUAAAAAGUGUAAAACACCAUGUCUGUAGCAACUAAAGGUAUCUUCAUUGUCGGUGCUAAGCGCACUGCCUUCGGCACAUUCGGUGGAGUCUUCAAGAACACAUCAGCCACGGAACUGCAGACACAUGCGUUCAAUGCUGCAUUAAAGGAGGCUGGUGUUGCCCCCACGCAGGUUGACUCAGUUGUGGUGGGACAGGUUAUGUCGGCAUCCCAAACUGACGGCAUCUACACUCCCCGGCAUGCGGCGCUCAAAGCCGGCAUUCCUCAGGAGAAGCCCGCACUUGGCAUCAACAGGCUAUGUGGCUCUGGCUUCCAGUCCGUCGUGAACAGCGCCCAGGACAUCAUAACCGGUGCAGCCAAGAUCUCCCUCGCUGGCGGCGUAGAGAACAUGUCACAAGCCCCGUUCGCGGUCCGCAACGUCCGCUUCGGCACCAUGCUAGGCCAGUCCCACGUGUUUGAAGACACUCUGUGGGCUGGUCUGACGGAUUCAUACUGCGGACUGCCCAUGGGCAUGACUGCUGAGAAGCUUGGAGCGCAGUUUAAAGUUACCAGGGAUGAGGUGGACAAAUUCGCUUUGGAGUCACAGCAGAGGUGGAAAAAAUCUAACGACGCGGGAGUGUUCAAGGCCGAGAUCGAACCCGUGACCCUUACGGUGAAGCGCAAGGAGGUGAAGGUGGACACCGACGAGCACCCGCGCCCUCAGACCACCAUCGAGGGUCUGAAGAAGUUGCCGCCCGUCUUCAAGAAGGAGGGCCUUGUCACUGCUGGCACUGCUUCUGGUAUCAGCGACGGAGCCGGCGCCAUUGUACUUGCUAGCGAGGAGGCCGCAAAGGGCCUAAAGCCCCUCGCUCGUCUCGUGGGCUGGUCCUACGUUGGCGUAGACCCUUCCAUCAUGGGCAUCGGCCCUGUACCAGCUAUUGAGAGUCUUCUCAAGGUCACAGGAUUAACCCUUAACGAUAUCGACCUUGUUGAGAUCAACGAGGCGUUCUGCGCUCAGACCCUCUCCUGCGCCAAGGCCCUCAAGCUGGACCUCUCCAAGCUGAACGUGAACGGCGGAGCCACGGCCCUGGGACACCCUCUCGGAGCCUCCGGGUCCCGCAUCACUGCGCACCUAGUACAUGAACUCAAACGCCGCGGCCUCAAGCGCGGUAUCGGCUCCGCUUGCAUCGGCGGCGGACAGGGCAUCGCACUCCUGGUCGAGACUGUCUAAACCCCACCGUGUUUCCUUGAGACUGAUAUAACCACCUAAGUGUAAGGCCUGAGUGGACGCCCGAGUUGGACUUGCAGCAGGGCGGGGCGGGGCGCGUGCAUGUUAAACAAAUGCAAACGUAUAGGAGCGGCCUUAGUGCACGCUGCACAAAUCACUUGUGAGCCCGACGCCACGCUGCACGCCCCGCCGAACGCUCCGCUCCGAGCGUCCACUCGGGCCUUACACUGUGGCCCAACAUACAAAAAAAAAAUCCUAUUUAAAAUUUGAAACUUGUAACAGUAUAGUGGGAGAGUUUCGUUUGUUUUAAAAAUCAAUGAAACAAUAGAACUCCUGCUUUAUUUGGUUCAUGUAAGGUUCUAAUUACAUUGCAACGGAGUGUACAUUGUAAUAUACAUUGGGCCUCACUAGGAUAAGAUAUAAAUCAUUUUAAUGCACUUUGAAAAUACGGUAGUGCGAAAAUUACCUACUUGUAUUUGGUUACUUAAACUGAAAUUAUGUCUUGAUAUAAGUAUACUAUACUUUUAAGAAUGAAGUAGGUUAUAGUUAUGUUAUGUAUACAUGUAUAAUACUGCCUGUAAAUGCAAUUGUAUAUAAACGAAAUCAGUGAAAUCACAAAAGUCGUAUUUUCAUAAAGUAAAUUAAGCUUUAUUUUUAAUACGCUGUUUUAUGAGAUUUGAAAAUAUUUGUAUAUUAUUUUGAAUUGUUAUUGAGUUUAUAUACAAGUUUAAUACAUAACUAAUAAAUCAGCUAUUUUUA